AUGGCACUUGGCUUGUAUCAUUAUGCUCUCAUCAUUGUAGGCUUUUACCUGAUCAGAAUAUGCAUCAGAUCCAUUUUGGCGCUUCGAUUUCACUUUUGUUUUGGCCGCAUUGGAUUCUUUUCAGUCAGCAACAUACGCUAUCACCAUCACAAAUCCUCAGAAACGGCACUAUGGUCCGUCAAGGUAGGCAAGCUCAAGCUUCGACUUCGCAACAGACCCACAUGGUCAUCGCCUACACCGUACAUCUCCAUCUACAUUGCGGAUAUCCAUGUGCAAUUGCACAGUAUCGCUGCUCUAGCGGCUGCACGUCAACAGCACACACGAGUAGUAAGAGCAAACAAACUCAAUCGGAAACUGUCUCGUGUCAGCUCGUCGUUGAAAAAGAUACCCUGGUGGUACUCGCUGUCGAUAGUAAAGCAGGUGAUCAAAUACACUUCAGCAUUGCCUGCUCAGCUGCUGAUGUCUGGAUUAGCCAACUAUGUCGAUGUUCAGAUUGACACGCUGGCUGUGGAUAUUGAGGACCAAGCUUCGAUUAAGGUACACAACAUCAAUUUCAGCUCCAUUUUGUUUGCAGAUGUAACACUCCCUCGUGGAUCCAAUAUACCCAAUGCCUCGAUGCCCUGUUCGCCAUUGGAGCAACAGCAACACCCCACAUUAGAAGAAAGCGAUAGAUUCUCCAUGCGAUCCAGUCAUCAACGCCAUUCGCUAAAACGAGCCCAGCAUUUGUUCAAGGAAAAGUUUUUCGAGAUCAUGGUCAAUAUGGGCAAGAUAUCUGUGGUUGGAAGAGGGGAUGUGGACAUGCUGACAUUGCCAUCAGGAGGAGAGAUUGUUAUUUCCUGUCAUUUGUCGGCUGCUUGUGUGACACUGAAGGAUGUGGAUGUCAGUACUCGUAUGGGCGCUAUUGCUGUGCAAGUCAACCCGCUGAUAGAUCUGGUCAAGAGCGUCAGUGGCAGUGCAAAGUCAGUGCAGAGAGAGAAGCCAAAACACGAGCAUGUGGACAACCCCUUGAUGGUGGAAGAGCAAGAUACCACGCCACACAACAAAUCCAGCAUGAUCCAGUUAUUCCGUUCUGUCACACUGUCAAUGGACACCACGACGCUUGAAACACAACAUGAAUCCAUGUGCUCUAGUAUACUCGAGCUGCAAGGUGUUCAUGUGUCUGGCGUAUCGGAAUGUUAUGUGCGAGGUGUGGAUCCGUACUACAAAUUCCAGUGUUCGCUAGCAAGUUCGUGGGCCAUCAUGGACAAAUCGCUGCCUAUCACUCACCGACAGCUACAGUUGAUCAGUUUGCCUGAGCUAAAGUGGACAGUCAAUGUAUCGCAAUCUGUGAUUAGCCCAGCAGCACAGGUGUCUGGACUGGCCACUGAUUUAGACGUGUUGCCUAAUGCUUUUGACGAUGCCAAAACCCUAGUAUGGAACGAUGACUUGCGACCGAAUAGAAAGUUUUUGGACGCAACACUGUCUAUGCACGAACCCAAGAUCUAUUUGGAUGUGUCGAAAGCGAGCAUGCUCUCCAAGCUGAAAUCAAUUGCAGAAACAAAAGAGAAUUCACCACAGCCUGCAGAGGAUCAGUUAAAGCAAGUGGCGCAAAAUGUGCCUCGAGGUAGCUUAUCCGUGUGCAUCGACAAGCCCUCUAUCCACAUCAAGUGUGCAACAACAAAACACACGGGAAUCAUAUCAUGGUCAGGCAUCACUUUUGAAGCGAAUGGGUCUUAUUGUGCGCAAAAGAAUCGACCUACAUCCGUGCUUCCAAGCUACUCUGAGCCCUCACACACUACGACGCGCACUGCUGCUGCCGACGAAGAUCACAUUGAAUUCCAAGCCAGUUCCAGCGCUGUGCAGCGUAUACAAACACAAUCAAGGCCGUCGUGGAUCAGCCUAUUUAGACGAAGCUGGAAAUCAAAGGAACCCAACGAAUCCAGCGACAGAAAGGCGAUAGAGUGGUACUACAAGACCUCCAUGCGAUUCACCGUGCAAAACACUUGCUUUGACAUCUUUUCAGAAAACGCGCCCACUCCGCCACCCAAGAAUCAUGCGCCUGAUGUGGGGGAUCCCAACUACUUUGUCUCUGUCGGCAACUUUGAAUGCAACGCACAUACACGCCUCCAUGUUAGUUUUGUGCGUAAUAUCCAUCGACAAAAUACGCGCGUUAUUUGGAACCCGGACGCACAUCAUAUCAAUGUGGAUACAGUAAUUGAUCGACCCGUGUUGAAUCUGUGGACAAGAACACAAGAUGGACAGCGUCAGAUGGAAUUUUGGGCCAGAAACGUAGUGGAGCAAGUGGUAAAAGAAAUCAAGCAGCAACAACAACCUACACCAGCAAGUCCAGAGACGGCCCGUCCGUCAGAUCACAGUGCGUUGUUUGACUACAUGUCCAUCCUCAAGACCAGUGUCGUAAUUGCAGAUGCUGCUGUUGUGCUGGAAGGUGUGGAUCGUGGACUCAAGGGAAAGAGAGUAAUACCCAAUGGAUUUUUGGAUAAUGCGCCCGAACAGGACAUUGAUGUGCGCGUGAUUGCGUCUAUUCAGCAGGUCAGUGUGGUGUUUAGUGGAUCUCGUGUCUUUCACAAGACACACAAGAGCAAUUUGAGUCAAUCUUCUACCAAUACACACACCAGCACAGAGAACGAAGACACGCAGCAACGCACCAAAAGCCAGCAUAUUCCAUUUGGCACAUCUCGACUCUCCAUUCAGCACUUUAUCGUUGAGCGCAUCUUUCGAUCAGACCAUGCUGCUGUGGACGAGCAUGAUUGGCAUCAACAUGAAGACAGAAAGGCAGUAAUCAUGUGGGUAUCGCGCAUCAAUACACGCACUGAAGUGCUACUGGAUUCAGCCCAUCACAUCUUGCUUGUGCCGUCUAUUGUGGUCAAGAAAAACGGUGCUCAGUAUUCCAUUACAAAUCACUAUGCCUGUCUUGUUACUGCCAUGUACACAUUGGAGGCCAUCCAACACUUGUUUCCGUCUACCAAGAGCAACAGCAGCAAGACGCACCAUGACGACCUGACGCGCCAUAACAAGAAGAGCAAGGUAAUUCUGCACAAGCUUCAAUUUCAAAUCAAUCGAACCGACGUGCACAUCUUCUUACCUGGAGGUACCACGGAGCUGUACCUGCGUAUGGACACAUUACGCAUGGAAUGGGACAACCAAGUAGAGCAUCAUGGAGAAAUGCCACCCAUGGCCAUUCGCAAUGUCACCCUGUUUGGUGUAUCACCCAAGCAAGCCGAUCACUGGGAUCAGUUAUUCGAACUAGACAAUAUGCGAUUUUCGAUUGAAAAAGACGUGAAUUUCAGCACAGGUCAACUCACCAAAACCAACCAACUGACCAUGUCUAAAAUGUACAUGCGCAUCCCUUACGGCUACGAACUGUGCAACUUUGUAGACAGCACAGUGACACUGAUCAAAGCCAUCAAAGCAACCCAUGCGCGUGUGUCCAAAGGUGUCGCGUUUCUCUUUUUCGGUCCCCACGAAAAGCAUGUACCUACCGUCAUUCCUCAUAUGCGGUUGGUGUGUGAUUUAUUUACCUUUCAGUUUGAAGAUGAUCCAUUUGAAGCAAGGCUUCGGUCUAUUUACAAGACGGGUGUGUUGGAGCAAGCAAAUCGUAUUGCUAUUCAAGAUGCGUUUGAGAUGAAGGCACAAACGUUGAUGCAGCCUAGCAGUGAUGACAAGGACAAGGCGUCCAUCUAUGCCAGUGAGGAAGCGGAUGCGCGUGUCAAUGAAGCAUGGCAAAAACUACAGCAACACAACUCCAACUCGUGGAGACGACACAUUGACGCUGCAUUGUCCAAAGAACACGCCACCUAUGUGCGUAUUCAGAGUGCCAAUUAUCGACAUACCAUGGCGAGCGGACAGCUGGACGACAUGUCUGACGAUCCUGUGACGGAUGAAAAGACGCAAUACCUGUCUGACAUGUUCCGUAUCCAUAUCGUGGAUCUACCCAAAUACCCGCCCUUACUGGAUCUCACUAUGAAGCACACUUCGCUGGAUUUUAGACACCCUGAUUUCGAAUUGGAUCAAACCAGGCAGUUCAUCUUUGACGUGGGCAAAGGGCAGCCAUUAGACACACCACUGUCCACCAUACUCCCCUUUCAUUUGGACUGGAAAUCAGGCGAGACAUGGGCUCAGUUGCGCGAUUACCCCAUCCCUUUCAUCUCAGUACCACCCCUGGCCAGCAACCCAGAAGAUAACGACAUAUCUACCUUGGACGAUGUGCCUCAUGCCACUGCUGCAUGGACGCUGUCUGGCAACUACGUGUUUGGCGAUGAUUUGGGUGAUUUAGACGCAACUCGUAGCAUCCAUCUCACCAUUGUCGAUGAAAACGAUGCGCAUUAUGCCAUGGAUAUUGUGCGUACCACCACACCACUCAAGUUCUUUUCUAUUGUCAAUAUCGACGUCCACAAUUCAGCAUUGUCUCAUAUCUGUUGGUGUGUGCCCUAUCAACCUGCGAUUCAAGACAUUACGCGUGUCAUGGACACCUUCACCAAACCACCGGUGGAUCCCUCUCAAAAGGUAGGCUUCUGGGAUAAAGUCAGACUGAUCAUCCACACGCGCGUCAAGAUUUCAUUUGUGGGUGGUGGUGAUUUAGCCAUGGUCAUGAAGGGGUCUCGCGAUCCUUACGAUAUGAGCGAAAAAGGGUUUGGUCUAGCCAAAGUGUGGCGCAAUGAUGUGGUUUGGUUGUUGGGUCAUGAAAACCCACAAGGCGAAUUCAUGCAAAUCAUCAGUCGCGACUAUGCAUUCGGUGUGCCUGAUCUUGUGCGCGGUGGAUACUCAGCACCUUAUAUCACUGCAGCAGAUCACAGUGGUUGUAGAGACACGCAGCAGCAACAACAACAACAACAACAACAACAAGACAUCCGUCAGUCUGUGUCCAUGUCUUCUUUCAAUUCAUCCAUCAUGUCCAGUAGUGACGAAAAUGGAUCUCGCUUUGUCAAGAUUGCACUCAAGCUGUCGGGAGGUAUUCGCAUGGGGCUAGGCUGUCAUUUAGAGCGCAUGUGUAAUCCUCGUUGUGAUAUCUGUGAUGAAAACAGCAAUGUGAUGCCAGAAGCGCGUGCUGUACACAAGAGUCGAUUACUGCACUUUUUGCCGCAUUACAAGGUCAAGUUGAAAGCACCACAGAACGUGCAUGAAGAGAACUACGAUGCGUAUCGAGGCUUUAGAUCUGACUUUAUUCAUACGUCCAUCAGUAUCAUCAAGACGUCCGACUACGAGCCUGAUGCAUCCGAUAAAGUGAAUGUUACAGGCAACUCAAUGCACUUGACACCGGGCUUCAUCGAUCACUUUGUAUCCUGGUUCCGACUGUUUGGUGGUGCCAUGAGUUAUCCACUGCGAGCAGGUUCCCUGUUUCCCAAGCUAGACACAAGGCCCACGCAAAAGUUUGGCCGUCAUAUGAGCACCAUGAAGUACAAGGUGGUCGUAAACCCAUUGACCUGUGGCUACUUUAUGAAGGAUGAAAAUGUGGUGGCAGAGCAAGUAACCACUGAAGAACUGGGCGACUCUGUAGGUCUCAAGGGGUUUGUCAAGGCGUUCAGUGUCGACAUCCACCAACGCAGAGAGAUAGUCAAUGUAGCCAAUUACAAGCUGGAUCAAAAGCGACUCAAGGCAAACUGGCCUGUGACGGAAGCGGAAGUGCAGCUCAAGAACAUUGAUUUGCGUGCUGUCAAAGCCAGUUACGCCAUGAGCACUGAUGAUGCCUUUUCCUCUUUUUCGAGUGGAGUUGCAGACAACAUCAGCGUUCCUGUGCAAGCAGAGCAGUACAUGUCGGAUGAGAGUGAUAAUGGGUUGGAUAUGAUGGAAGGACUCAACUACAGAUGCAACAUUGAUUCGGAUUCCUCAGACUGGGUGGAUUUGGAUGAUUUCAUCGAAAUGGGUGUGGCUACGCCUGAUAUUCUUCCUGCGAUUCAAGUGCUGCCGUUUGCAUUUUCGCCCUGUAUCUAUUAUUUGCGUCAAACCAACAAGGAUGAUGUACAAAAGUUUAGGUAUUUGCAUGACACGCAUGAUUGUAUAUUGGGGACAGCAGUUGAUACGCGGGAAAUGCAAAUGACGUUGCUUCAUGACAGAAGUCAGACGAUCGAUGUACAGAUUCGAAAGCAUCAAACUCGACUGCACACGAUAGAAAUGAAGCGACUCCAACAUGGAUCUGAUGAAAAGGCGCUUCAGGAACUGUCGGAUGCCAUUGUAGAAAAGACCCGCAUCUUGUACGAAAAGCGCGAGUUACUGCAACGCUAUCUCAAGGAACUCUCUACGCAAGACAUGCCAGAUGUCGUGCACAACAAGAAAUCAGAUGCGUACAACCAAUCCACCAUCUUUGGCAAGGACUCGCUGGCGCAAUGGGAGGAACUCAUGGGCUACUUCAAGGUACGCUAUAUUGCUCAUAACCCUCAAAUCCUGUGGAACAAUUCUGUGCGCAAUAUCCUGUAUCACGGCCUGGACCUCAGGGACCAUCGCCGUGCACUAUCCUACUACAUGACGGCCCGUACUGUCAAGUUUUUGCGAGACUUGAUUGAAGCGUCUGAUAUGCAGUACAGCCACAGCCACAAGCCCUUUGUGUUGGAUGACGAUGAAGGUGGUAUGGACACGAGCAUGGCAGAGGAACUGAUUGCCAAACUGCUGUCUGAACAGGACACCAAGUUUUACGCACCUAAUGAAACAGAGGAAGAGAAACCGCUGGAUGGCAGUGACUCGGAUACAGUCGACAUGUCCAAGAGUGAUAACGUCAAUAGCCCCUUGAUGCAACUCAAGACUAUUCCCAACAACUACGUCAUGAAGAGCAGCUACUUGGUUGACUUAUUGAACCCUCAAAUCAGUCUCCAGAGUGAUUGUGAUCCUGAUAACAUUGUCCUGGUAGCCAAUGAGCGCACGCAAGUCAAAGGCUUCAAUAUCAUUGAUGAGACAGACCCGGAUGUCGAAAUGGAGAUGGUCAAGCAUCGCACGGUAGUUAGCUUGGAUAACGUGCAGUUCUUUGUAGCGAAAAAAGAGCAGUUUGACAGCGUAGAUCUGCUGCUGGAUAACCACUACGGUGCCAAGGAGAGCGAUCACUGGCUGGCAUGGAUUCCACCGGAGAUGCUGAUCAGUUACGUCAAGCGAUCAGACAAGUUCCAGCGUAUCGGUGACCGUAUUGCAGCUACAUUGCAGUAUGACAAGUACAAUCCACUCAGAAUCAAGACAAACACCAACGUCUACUCUCAAGUGCAUCCGUUUGAAGAUCGCUGUGACUCAGUACAGCUCAAUUUUCCCUCGCUCAAACUGACAGCUGAUUCAUCGCAGUACAAUGCCGUCUAUCAAGUAGCCACCGACUUGUUGCUGUACAAGGAGCCCGCCAAAAAGGAACGUCUGGCUCGAUUACGUGAAAUCAUGAUGGCAGCUGACCGCUCCAGUUUGUACGAUGCUACGGAGAAAAUUGUGGAUCUGCAGAGCAGAGCACGUCAAUUACUGCAUGCCAGAGAUCAAUAUCGACAGAACAUGGCCCUGCUGGAUGAGAAGCGUAUCGAGGAAUUCAAAUCUAUUCGCUUGGCACUUUAUGAUACGCUGGAAGAGCUGUAUCUCGGUAUGGAGGCCAUCAAACUGAUGCAGAGUAACCAACGCAAAGAUUACCACGAACCCAAGACCAAUCUCAAGUUUGUAUUCUGCGCUGAAAAGAUGGAGUGGGAGAUGUUGUCCAAGGGCGAAGUACCUCUUUGCGAGUGUGCCUUGACCAACUUUACCUUUAAUUUUGUCAGCAAAGAAGACCACUCCUCUAUCAACACCUUGGAAGUAGACAUUUUGCAGGUCAAGAACCUGUCGCCUUCGCCUGUGUUUGCCGAUGUGCUAGGCCCUUAUUUCGAUUCUCGCAAGCCGUACGAUUUCUCGCGCCAUAAGAUGCUGCGAUGCUAUUUUGUCUCUCUGGCUCCUGUGGGUGGUAUUCCUGUGAUCCAGCACUUGGAAAUCAACCUGCAUCCCAUGCGUGUACAGAUGACCUAUAGUUUUGGCAGACAGUUGGCUUACUAUCUGUUUCCGCCAGAGAAACAAGCAUCCAACAGCAACAACAGCAAACAACUGCAACCCGAGGCAGCUGUGAUGGUAUCUUCCACAUCUGCGCCUACAACGACAGUCAACAAUAACACACCUGCACCACUCGAUGCGUCUGAUUUUUCUAUGGAGCAAGACUCCAGCAGCUCGGCUAUCAUUAUACCCCAGCCAAGCAGCAGUGAACGAUCUGAUCAUAACUCGUUUAGACACCAUGCAUCGUCUUCUGUGGCAUUUGCGCCAGUAGCAUCGAGUGCCAACUUGAGUGCUUCCUUUGAUUCGCAAAAGUUAAGUAAUAGCAGCCAGCUGUUCAUGUCCUCUAGCAGCAGAGAUGAUGUAGAGGAAACACCCAACGACAGCCCGUCAUCCAGCACCAUACUUCCAGCACCACAAAGUAGUAGUAGCAACAGCAACAAAAAGACUAAGAAGCACCAACAGCAAAGUAUCAACAACAAACUGUCUAAAUUCAAGACACCGGAUGAUUUAUCUGUCAUGAAGAAGCGUGCUUCCAGCAAUCGUGCCUUUAUUCUGGUAAAGAUUCCUGGUGCACGGCAUUGUUUGAGUUAUCAGGGUCCCAAAGAGAAGAAUAUCGAAGAUUUAAGGGACUUUGCGUUUGAACAGCCUACACUGGAAUUCCGUAACGAAACGUGGUCCUGGUUUGAACUUGUGUCCAACAUCAAGAAGGAUUUUAUGAGGGCCGCUCUACUGCACAACAGUACUGCCUUACUAAAAGAAAAGCUCCUUCGCCGUCAUCCGCGUGAAAAUGCCAAGCUAAUUGACUCGAGCGUCUCCAUGUACACCACACCCAUCUAUGUUGCGGAUCAUGCAUCUACUGUCAAAGGUAAACAGCCCUAUGAUGUUGUUGUCAAUGGAGAGGAGGAGGAGUCGGAAUCAUCGUCUGUGGAAGAUGUCUUGGAUCCAAAAGACAUUGCUUCUUUGCAUUCAGCUCAUUCCAGUGACAUGUGGGACGCUGUUGAAGCACCACCACCACCGUCUCCCAGAAAGAAACACAUUUGGCAAAAGCUCAAGAAAUCCAAAAAGGAAUCAUCACCAGAGAGACACUUUGCUGCUCAUGACAGUACAGACACUGCCUCGCCUGCUGAUUCACACCCUACCACCACAGCAUCUUCUUCAGCAUCAGCAUCGCCUGCAUUGGCUCGAUCCAUAUCUGCAUCCACUCGUCAUUUGAAUGAAGAUGAUCAAUUAACUGUCAAAGGAAGAUACUUGCUCGGUAAAUACUACAAUGGUCCCACACAAUGGCUUGCUCCUGGUGCAAAACUCAAGGGAAAGCAGGUGAACAAAAAAGUAUAA